UAUAGUUUAUACAUCUAAUUCGAGGUACAAGCUCAUGUCCGAUACUUCUUCUUUGCUCAUAUCCAAAACAAACCCUCCAGCUUCAUCGGGAACCAUGGCAAACAAAUCCCUCACAGGCCUAGAGAGUCUUAUAAAGCUUCUCCCUACAGGAACACUCUUCAUCUAUCUUUUACUCAACCCUGUCCUCACUAACGAUGGUGAAUGCACCACUGUUAAUAAAGUCAUGUCAAGCAUCCUUGUCGCCCUUUGCAGCUUCUCCUGCGUGUUCUCAUGCUUCACGGAUAGUUUCAAAGGCGUCGACGGAUCAAGAAAGUUUGGUAUAGUCACCAAGAAGGGUCUUUGGACUUAUGCUGAUCCUGGAUCCGUGGAUUUGUCCAAGUACAAGCUCAGGAUCGCGGAUUUCGUUCAUGCGGGUUUCGUGCUGGCUGUGUUUGGGACGCUGGUGUUGCUUGACGCUAAUACCGCAAGCUGCUUUUAUCCUCGGUUCAGGGAAACACAAAAGACAUUGGUCAUGGCUUUGCCUCCAGCCGUGGGUAUUGCCUCAGCCGCUAUCUUCGCUUUGUUUCCAAGCAAACGGAGUGGGAUCGGGUACGCACCAAUUGCUGAGGAGGUAGGUGCUGAAGAGGAAACCAAGAAAGCCUCUGCCUCUGCCUCUGCCUGAGAUUGGUUACCUUAGUUGUUUCUAAAUUAUUUGUUAGAUAUGUUGUAGAUUGUAAAAGAAUAUGAUUGUUUGUUUCUUAAAACAUUGAUUUAGUUCUUUGUGACCAUAGCGAUCAAUAUGUAAGUGAAUGUUGUAUUGCAUCUUACAUAAUAGUAUUGGAAUAAACGUUA